UCUCCUCUAUUUGAUUCAGUUGCAAAAAAAAUUCCCCAAAUCACAACCUCUAACCCUAAAUCACAGAACCAAUUCAUCAUCCCUGCCCCGAGCUUUAAUUUUUCGACCCAACCUGUUAAUUACCCAAAUCAAAACCUCUAACCCUAAAUCACAAAACCAAUUCAUCAUCCCUACCCCGAGCUUUAAUUUUUCGACCCAACCUGUUAACAAAAUCGAUGGCUGACAGAUUCUAUCUUCCCAAAUGUAGAUGCGGCGACCUCUCAAUUUUGCGAACGUCUUGGACCGAAGCAAACCCAGGUAGAAGAUUUUUUGGUUGCAACAGAUACGAGAAUGGAGGGCGUUGUGAUUUCUUCCAGUGGUUUGAUCCUCCAAUGCCAUAUAAAAUUGUGGGGUUGCUGCACAAAGAUGAUACCUGUUGUGAGCACAAGAGCAAGGAAGAGAAGACUAAGAAGCUUUCAUGGAUGCAAAUGUUGUUUGUGCUGCUAAUUGGAAUUGUUGUUGGCAGACUGAGCUCUGCAGCCGGUUGUAAUGCAAACUAGCUCUAAGCUGCAGAUUAUAAUGUUAGAAUAAGCAAAAAUGUAUGGUUGGCAGUAAUGUAAUGAAAUGGUGAUUUGCUCUUAGCUUGUAAAAUGGUCACAUUUUGUUAAAUGUAAUUGAAUUUAACAUAAUAGAAAGAAACCUGUUAUCUUUGCAA